CCCUAGCUACAUGGUGUAAAUAAAACCCCAUGUCUACAAAAGAAGACAACUCCAAUAGCAAUCCACCAAAAGGAGAACGCCAUCUAACCCCAAUGAUGAUGCCCUAGCUUCACAGAUUUGGUUGUUGGGAUAUUGCAAUCAGUGAUAAAUCUCUGAAGUUUACUUCUUCCUCUUGGGGAAGCUUCAAAAACUGCGACCUUUCUAGAUGUUGGAUCCAGAAGAGGAACCCAAUUGCCUAGCUCAGGUAAAGCUAGUGAGCAAAUGUCAAACAGGGGAUGAUUGGUACAAUACACUACUAUUUCAUGAUGAUGAGAUUCCACCAAGAAAUUGAGUAAAGUGAUGAAGAAAUCAGUACUUUAGUACAUAAAGAGUUCAAUGUUUCACCAAACACUUCAUGGUAAGGACAUGUAACACAUGCCACCCACACUAAGAAACCUCCACAGUGAAAAGAAGAAAAAAGUUCUGCCACCACCUCAAGUCAAAAUCAAGCUAAACCAUAACAGUUUUCAACUCCAAACUACUACCACCACCACCAACACCAAGCCCUUUUCACUUUUCUUAAAAAGCAAGGAACUUGAAACCAACAAAAAAUGGGGGAGACAGAUCUAGCUACUGGUCUCACCAGUUCCAAUCUCCAAAUGAAAGCAGAGUCUUCUUAGAGAGUAGAGAUGCUGAAGCAAGAGGAGGAAUCGUUGAUCCAUUACCUGAAGAAGGAACUUGAAGCAUCUCUUCUUAGAACUGAUAUGUUGGAGAAACAAAAUCAAGAACUGAGGCAAGAGGUUCUCCAUCUCAAGUCACAGAUCACAGCCCUCAAAGCUCAUGAGAACGAGAGGAAAUCAAUGCUUUGGAAGAAGCUGCAGAGCUUCAAUGAAGUGACCAAGAACGACGUCUCUCAGCAGAAACAGCAGCAGCAGCAACACCAACACUAUCUUAAAGCAACAGCUGAGGGUAAAGAACCACAGUUGAAUUCAAGACCAAACCCACCAAUAUCAAGGCCUGCUUCCACUGCGUCGCCUUUACAUGGGGAAGUUAAAGGGACUAAGCUACUGCCACCACCAGGUCCACCACCUCCUCCACCACUGCCAUCAACAACAUUAGUAAGUUUAAAAUCUAUUCGUCGUGUGCCAGAAGUUAUCGAGUUUUAUCGUAUGAUCACCAAGAAGGAUACGCACAUUGAUACAAAGAAGAACCAUUCCACUACAUCACCACUUGCAUUCACGCCAGACAUGAUAGGAGAGAUCGAGAAUCGCUCUAGUUAUCUAUCCGCGAUAAAGUCGGAUGUAGAGAAGCAGAAGCAACUCAUAACCUCAUUGAUAAAACAAGUGGAGUCUGCAGCUUUCAAAGAGGUAUCAGAAGUAGAGGGUUUCAUGAAAUGGCUGGAUGACCAACUGUCGUUGCUUGUCGAUGAGAGGGCAGUGCUGAAGCAUUUCCCACAGUGGCCUGAACAGAAAGUUGAUGCCUUGAGAGAAGCUGCUUCCAACUACCAGAACCUGAGGAACCUUGAGUCUGAAGUUCUGUCUUUCGAGGACAAUCCAAAGGAGCCAUUGAUCAAGGCUCUAGCAAAGAUGCAAGCUUUGCAAGACAGGUUGGAAAAAAGUGUUAAUGGUAUGGAGAGGAAUAAAGAGAGUAUGAUGAAGAGAUACAAGAACUUCCAGAUCCCCUGGAACUGGCUACUUAGCACUGGAUUCCUUGGACAGGUGAAAUUGAGUUCUUUGAAGAUAGCAAGAGAGUACAUGAAGAGGAUUGCUAAAGAAAUGAAGUUGAAUCAGAGCUCAGAGGACAACAAUCUGCUUCAUCAAGGUGCUAGAUUGGCAUAUAGAGUGCACCAGUUUGCAGGUGGAUUUGACACAGAAACCAUAAAUGCAUUUCAGGAGCUUAAGAAGGCAGCCAUGAAUGGCCAAUGAUAAACUAUUGUACUCUUUAAUUUAUUCACCGACAGAGCUAGGCAUAUAAAAAUGAAACCUUCCUGUGCACCGUUCAUCCAAUGUCCAUCGCCGGCGACAACUUUCCGAAUCCGGCGACACGUACUCCACCGGGCCUGGACUGCUUCCCAGGUUCCUCACUGUUUAAGCCCAAACAACCGGACUCGCCUGACUAAUGGGCCGGCAUGUUAGCCCAAAACUUAAAAAUGUCAUUUGUGACUGUGAGCUAGUUUUCAUUCUCUUGAGCCCAAUCGUAAAUUUAACUUAAGAAACGGUAAAAAGCGAA